UCGAUAUUUCGUGAGUACAUCAAGCAAAGCAAGGAAAAUAGGUGAUAAAGAUGGCCUAUAAUCAUCGUUAUCACGGACACAAUACUGGCCAGGAUGACAAAUCCAAAGGUCCUACCACUUAUUUCCACCACACUGAUGUAGAGAGUGCAGAGGCUAUACUACAGACUGGUGUAAUUCGUCAGUCUCGUGGAGGUGGUGGUGAUGCAGUAUAUGGAGAUGGUACCUAUCUAACUCGCCUGGGACCGAAACGUUCAGCUGGGGAAAUAGCUCGCAAUAAUUGGGAUGGUCUCGCAGGAAGAUACUGGGAAACCAUGGAGGGUGCUGGGCGAACUGAUGCGACCAUCGCCAUAGAAAUGCCAGCACACGAGGCACAAAAGGUUGAGAGAUUACCGGACCGCCGUGACAUCCAUUUGUACCCAGGUGACCUUUCAUUGCACAACAAAAAUCCUCGCAUCUACAUCAGAGACCAGAAUGGCAAGGCCCGAGAGUACACUCGUGAAUUUCAGUAGUGGAUUGAACCUGGUCUGUCAUAUCCGUUGUAUUUAACUACAGGGACCAAAGCUUGUUAAAUUGGAUCAUUGUGUGAUCAUUGUUAAUUAAUUAUUGAUUUUAGGUAAGGGUGUAAUCUACUAGAAAGUAGAGUGUAGAUUAGUAUUACUUCUUUACCAUCAUACUGGUACUGAGUCUUGUACAUCAGAAAUAAUAACCUGUCAUGCUGAAAGUUUACAGUGUUCCUUUAAGAUGAUGCAAGUACACUUGAAUGAAAAUACAAUAUUUGUCUUUGUAAUUUGUACAUGUUAAUUAUGGUUUUGCAUUGUUAGUUGAUAUUAGAAAGUUUAAAUGUCUGAUAAAGUUUGCAAGUGAAGUGCACUAUCCUAUAAGUUGUAAUUGAUGAUAAUGUCUAACUGCCACCACCUGCACAGCUGGGGAAUAGAUCAGAUACAGUUAAUAUGUUGAUUAGUAUGAUGAUAUAGUAGUAGUGUAGUUUUAUAAAUAGAAAUCAGUAUUACUAUCCUUACUGCCACGUGUAUGACUCGGUAGUCCUGUCAAUGUCGUAAACAAGGCCCUAUAUGUACAGUCAUAUAUAUUGAUUUUAGUUGAUACAGCUUUGUAGUGGCAGGCUGUUAGUCUGAAAGACUCCAGUGUUUUCAUAAAAGACAAUGUAAAGUGUGCUGCUUAAAAUGAUUUACUUUCAUGGUCAGUAAUUUGAUAAUAUAUCGUAAUACUGAACAUUGUCAUAGCCUGAAUUAUUUUAAGAUAAUCCAGUAUUGACCAUCAUUUUCUGUAAUGUGAAUAGAGAUUUUUUCUUUCAAAAUACAGAUUCUAUGCUUUCGGUGGUCAACAUGGAGAAGCCGUAAGAAUUUUACGUAGUGUACAAGGAGUAGUUCAAAGAUAUUGUAGCCAUGGUGAAUGAGUUCUGGUAUUGAUAUGUACUGCAUGUCUUAGGGAUUUGUUGUGUAAUUAAACUUGAUCAAAGGUUGACUAAUAGUAUCUCAGAUAAGUUCGUGUUUUGGAUGGGUCAAGGUCAUACACAUUGCUAUAAAUAACAUGAGAUUCUGCCUUUUAGAUGUUUCAUGAAGGAAAAAACAAAUUUCUCUAAAGUAAUAUAGAAAAGAUAUUUUCCUUAUUUUGUCAUUUAUAUGUUAAUACCUGAGAUCUUUGGGUAUGAUAGUACAGGCAUUAUGGCUGUCUAAUUCCUGUGUGUUGGACAGUUACCUUAAGCCAAAUGUGUGAUGAUAUCCAUCAUUGUGUAUAUCUGAUUUGUGCAUGUAAAUUGUUGGAUAUAACAAUUGCAAUGACUUAUUUUUGUUUUCUCAACUUCAUGGCAGUGUAUACAUGUAUUGUAAACCAAUAAAUUGUUGGACAAGCUA